AUGCAGAAAAUCCUCGGCUACCUAACAGGGCUACUGUCCCUGCAAUCCACCGCGACAGGAACCUCAAGAACCUCCACGCCUUCCAUUACCGACCUGGAUUGGAAAUUCAUGCGAGCAUCUAUAUCGGCCCUUCCCAGUCCCUGCUACAGACAAGCCUUUGGAUCAGUCAUUGUGAACGCCACAAGCAAAGAACUUCUCUGCACGGGAUUUAACAAAGAGGAUUCAUCGGCCGACCCUACGGAGCAUGGAGAAGUCGACGCCAUUCGGAAUUGUGUGAAGAAAUUCAAGGAUGAAGGAUACAGCGUGGAUGAGAUCGAUGCCAUCUGGAAGAAUGCUUGGAUAUACACUACUGCUGAACCAUGCGCUAUGUGCGGCGCAACAAUAUUACAUGGUAACGAAGGCGAACAAACUUCAUGCAUCCAGGGAUAUAGCUCUACUAACAGCUGA